AUGCCUGGCGCUGCCGCAAACGCCCAAGAAAAGACGGCACAAAAAAUGCAAUGGAACGCACUCCUCGAGUAUUCGAGUUCGUUCGCCAUGCACUACUUGCUGUGUCUGCUCUGCGGUGUGGCAUUCGCAGUGAUGGAGUUUUGCGUCAAGCCCAAAACGGACGACAUCGAGUUCAGUACUCUGGACCCCACAAUUGCCAAAACGUUCAAGCCGCACGAACUGGUGGGCAACGGCAGUUGCCUUUUCAUCGCCGCCGGUGUCCCGCUGCUUGUCAUCACCGGCUACUGCGUGUAUGGCAGAAAGAUGUUGAAGAAACACAAAAAGACCGACGCCGAGAAGGUGCACCCGAUAUUCAGCCUCUGGCACACCAGUCUGCUUGCGCUGUGUGCUGCGCUUACGUUGAACGGCGCACUGACCUGCUUUCUCAAGCUCGUCAUAGCCAACCCCAGACCGGAUUUCAUAUCCCGGUGCCAGCCGGUGGUCACGAGGCAGGACGACCGCUUCAGCCUGAGCGACUGCACGCAGACCGACAUCUACACGCUCUACGACGGCCUGCGCAGCACACCAAGUGGCCACUCCAGCUUCGCCCUCGCCGGCCUCGGCUAUCUCUACAUGUGGCAAACAAGAUUCAUCUGCGGCAACAAGAGCCGCCAUCUGUGGUCCCCGCUGCUCAUCGUCUUGGUGAUGCUUUCCAGGGUCGUGGACCACAAGCACCGUUGGUCCGACCUGGUCUACGGGGGCCUGGUCGGACUUGCAAGUCUGGGGUUUGCGUGGACGCAGAUCGUGAGGCCUCAAUUGACCCUCGCGGACUCCUGGCAGCUGCCACGCCCCGUAACGCAAGCGUGA